AUCUUGAUGCUUUUCCAUCCAUUUCUUCUACUUGUGAUGUUGUUUCUUUUUGGAAGGUUUUGGAGGUGGUACAGGUUGUUUUAUAUACUUGUGAUAGUCUUUAGUCCAGACCGUGAUUUGUCGAGUCGACAUUGCUCGACGGUAAUAAUGUUUGAGAGUAGUACCCAUAGCGUUAGUGGCGGAUGAAUCGUAAUCUAGAGCAUUAGAUUGACGUAUAUUGAUAGUUGGGGUAAAU